AUGCAUCUAUACCAUCAUCACUUGAUUUCCAUGGCGGUCCUUGUCGAGACCACCUUAGGAGAUAUUGUGAUUGACUUAUAUGUUAAGGAACGUCCAAAAUGCUCGCUAAACUUUCUGAAACUAUGCAAGAUGAAGUACUACAAUCUUUGUCAAUUCCAUACUAUUGAGCAAAAUUAUGUCGCUCAGACAGGUGAUCCUACGGGAACUGGGCGAGGAGGCGAGUCAAUAUUUAUGUCUCUAUAUGGUGAACAAGCAAGAUUUUUCGAAAAAGAAGACCUUCCAAAGAUGAAGCAUACACGUCUCGGAGUUGUUUCUUUUGUCAAUAAUGGCAACAACAUGCUCGGGAGCCAGUUCUUCAUUACCUUGGGAGAAGCACUGGAUUAUCUUGAUGACAAGCACACGAUAUUUGGACAGGUAACAGAGGGAUUAGAGACACUGGAGAAACUGAAUGAGCAGUUGUGUGAUGAAGAUCACAGACCAUACAAGGACGUUAGGAUAGCCCACACAAUUGUGCUUGACGAUCCUUUUGAAGACCCAAAAAGGAUAAGGUACCCUUCAAGAUCACCGUCACCGACGUUUGAAAUGCUCGUCAAGACUAAUCAAAUUGCUCUUGAUGAAAAUGUUGAUGAUACUGAAGGAAAAACUGCUGAAGAAUUAGCGGAGGAAAUAAAGAAGCGCGAAAUGGCGGAACAGGCUCAGAUUCUGGAAAUGGUAAGCAUCAAUUUUUACUUUGUUUAG